CCACAUGAUUUACUUACCCUCAAGCUAUUCUUGGUGUAUGUCAUUUUUUUUUCAGGUGAACACAAUCGGAGUUACCAUAAAACUUCAAAUAAUAGCCGAGUCCCAAAUAGAUGCCUGUCUCUUUUAGACGCCUGGUGUGACGACAGGUUUGGGUAAAUAAACGCCUGGUCUUUUUUUAGUUUUGGGUUGUAUUUAAUCUCUGUCAGAUCGUCUGUUUAAGCCAGUUCUAUGGUGCAGAUUGCACAUGCUAAAGUUUUGAUUACCGGUAGAUGUCACGUGACGGACACAAUCGUUCCGUUACUCAUCACUAUAACAACACAGCAAGGUUCAUCGUCAGGUCAUUAGUUUCUUGAAUUUUAAAGUCUAAAGUUUUUCUAAAUUAUCUCAAUGGCGACAAAAAGAAAAAAGUAUGAUUUGACAUUUAAGCUGAAGGUUGUCAAAUUUGCCGAACAAAAUUCGGGAGAAGAGGCGGCAAGACAUUUUUCGGUUGAUCCAAAGAGAGUGCGAGAAUGGCGUAAAAAUAAAGCUGAACUGCAACGUCUGUCUGAGGAAGACGACAAAAGGGCCAGAGUGCGAGGUGGAGGGAGGAAGAAGGUCAGUGAAGAGCUAGAGGUGAGCGUGUGCGAGUGGAUUCACAGCAUGCGGGCAAAGCAUCUCAGAGUCUCACGCAAGAUGAUCAGGGCCAAAGCAAAAGAAGUGUAUGCAACAGUGAGUGAUGGAAGGGAUGAGGAGAGUUUUACUGCGAGCGCUGGCUGGCUGGAUAAAUUCCUGAAGCGCAAUAUAUCUUCGGUCAGAAGACGCACAACUGUUGCCCAGAAAGACGCAAGGCACUUUCCUGAAAAACUGGUGAAUUUUGUCACAUAUACAAGGCGGAUUAUUAAGGCAAAGAAAAUUCAGCCGAAAAACAUUAUAGCCAUGGAUGAAACAGCGGUGUGGUUUGAUAUGGUGGGCUCUACAACGGUGGAUGCAAAAGGUACACGCAGUGUUUCACUGAAAACCACAGGCCAUGAGAAAAGCCACUUAACUGUGGUGUUGGCUGCGAAAGCAGACGGGACCAAAUUGAAACCUUACAUUGUCUUCAAAGGGGGGAUCAAGGAGGUGAAAUCGAUGCAAAAUAUCACUGGUGUUGUGAUCGCCACGUCCAAAAAUGGAUGGAUGAAUGAAGAGCUGACUGCAGACUGGCUUCAGAGAGUGGUGGGAAAGCUCAACUUCGCCCCUCGUCUCCUCAUCUGGGAUUCAUAUCGCUGUCAUAUCAGCGCAGCAACCAAAGCUGAACUCAAAAGGGGCUACAACAUAACCACAGCAGUGAUACCCGGUGGCUGUACAAACUACAUACAGGCCCCUGACGUCGUAUGGAACCAACCAUUCAAAGCCAGCCUGCAUGAGUCCUAUGACAACUGGAUGGCAGGGGAUGUGGACAAAGAGUACACCGCUGGAGGAAAUAUGAGGGCUCCAGCUCGCCGCUUGUUGGUUGCCUGGGUACUUCAAGCAUGGGAAAAGCUGGAUACGGAGCUGCUGAAAAAAUUCUUCAAGAACGCCACUGAGGUACGUGUGAUGGACCAUCAGGAGGGCCUGAUGGAUGAGCAUCAGAACAUCCAAGAAGAGGCGGCAAUGAACAUGGAGGACACGGCAGAGUGUUCAGAGCAACUAGUCAUCGCUAAAGUCGAGGACUUGGGGGAUGAAAUACCAGUGGAUGUUGACCCGACCAUAGAUCACAGUGAGAAGAAAGCGGUGGAUAAACCUGAAAAUGCAGGUAAAAAGCCAGAUAAAGAAAUAAAAGCGGAGGUGCCUGCUGGAACGAACCCACGGCCAGUGUUAAAAGGUGAAACAAAAUCUCAAGCGGCCCAGCCCACUGUCCCACUGCCUGUGAAUAUCAAGGAUGAACCAAUGGAUGAAGAGUAUGAGAAAGCAUCAACACCACAGCAGCCCAUAGGAAACGUUAAGGAUGAGCCUGACACUUCAGCUGACUUCAACCAAAAACCAGAUGAAUUGAAAAUCAGCGCUGUGUUUACUGUGGGAGGGAAGUCAGAUGGAGCCCCAGUUGCCACCCCAGGUCCAGUAGCCCCCCUUCCUCCACUGGCUCCUGCCUUUCCAAUUGGUGUCGUCUGCACGGGCUGUAAGAAAGUUCUGCUAAAGGGCCAGACAGCUUUCCAGCGCAAAGGCUGUUCGAAACUCUACUGCUCACCUCAGUGUCUCUGUACUGCUUCUAAUUUGGUGGUCAAGGUACCUCAGAAGAAAACAUGUCACUGCUGCCACAAAGAAAUUGUUGACCUAAAGGAAGUGCUCAACGCCCCAGACACAUCAGGGGGUAUGAAGGAGUUCUGCAGUCACAAAUGCCUUAAUACGUCUACCUUCAUGUGCAGUGUAUGUCAGAAGACUGGUGUGAGUUAUACUCACCAAGUGAACAUCAUGGGCUCCAUCCAGAAGCUGUGUAGUGAAGUCUGCUUCAGCAAGUUCCGCACUACCAGUAAACUAACCAUGAACUCCUGCAUGAACUGCAGUGGCUUCUGCAACAGCACGGACAUGUCAUGUCCCACUCUACUGAUAGAGGGCACCGCUGCCAAGUUCUGCACCCAAAACUGUCUCACAACCUUUCUAAAGAAGAGUCAAAAGAAUGUCGCCUGCAAGAUGUGUCUUAACGUGCGCCCGACCGGAGAUAUGGUGGACAGUCCAAACAUCGAGGGGAUUAGAGAGCUCUUCUGCUCCGCCUCCUGUGUCACAGCUAAUAAAGUCCAGGCUGUCAGUUCCUCAGGUGCUGCAGUGGAGUGCAACAGCUGCAAGAAGAAACAGGCGCCUCAGUAUCAUCUAGCCAUGUCUGAUGGCACCAUUCAGAACUUCUGUUCCUUUUCCUGUGUAGUGUCAUUUCAGGAGGCUCUCAGUAAGAAAGGAUCUCAAAACCAGGUAAACACUGUAACAUCUACAAGUAACAGCCUACCUACCCCAAUACCUGCUGCCACCCCCAAACCUGCAUCAAAACCUGAGCCCAGCUCUUCAAAGAAGACUAAUGCACCGGUGCAAACAGUCACCAAAAUCCCCUGCGCCCAAUGUCUACAGUCGUUCUACCACAAGCCAGAUCUACUGGAGUACAAGAGAAAAAUGUAUGCUUUCUGUGGUGGCUCCUGUGUCGAGGAGUUUAAAAAGAUCAACAACAUCAUGGCUCGCUGUGAAUAUUGUAAGAUAGAUAAGGUUAUCAAAGAGGUGAAAAGGAUCAACAAGAUUGACCGGUCUUUCUGCAGUGAGGGAUGUAGGUUACUCUACAUGCAUGACCUGGUCAAGCGCUGGGGAAAGAAACAUUGUCGCAACUGUCGCUACUGUACCGGCUCGGCUCAGACUUUAGUAACUAGUUUUGUUGGCAAAAUGCAGGAAGAGUUUUGUGGAAAUGCAUGCUUGGCGCAAUACAACUUGAUUCUGCGUCAGGAAGUCAAGUGCACAAUGUGCAAGCAGGCCAAGAAGAUGACUGAGACUGUGAAUUGGCUGGGUGAGAUUAAGCAUUUCUGCACCCUGCAGUGUCUGAUGUUCUUCUGCAGUCUGCAGGGCACCACCGGGACAGUCACUAAAGCUGCAAACAAAAUUCUGCCUGCACCGGGGACGCCUCCAGUAGUAUCUGUAUUGCCUCAAAAUACUGUUAAUCUCACACCAGUGGGUAGUAAAGACGCCACACCAGUCAUUGCCAAAGUUAUAUCACUGUCAGGUGCAACUAAUGGACAGCCAGGUGCCGUGGGAAACACCACUCUGCAAGCAUCUGUUCCAGCUGCAACUGCAAAAGUUAAAGGACAUCUUUCGGCGAGUACACAGACAGAUGCCAUGAAGACUCCUGCCCCGCCACCCAAAAUCCUUAAAAACAAGGCUUUACUGUGUAAACCCUUAACCCAAAACAAAGGCACGUCCUGUAAACCAAAUUCCUGUGAUGCGGACACACAAACAGAUUUACCUCAUUUCAUGGUGAUACCUGUUCCAGUACCAGUUUAUGUACCAGUACCCAUGAAUCUCUACACCCAAUACACACCAGAGCCUUUCGGGUUACCGCUACCAAUUCCAGUGCCCUUGUUUUUUCCCACAACUCUGGACAGUGCUGAGAGUAUUGUGCAGACCAUCCAGGAAAUUAAAGAGAAGAUCCCUAAUGAUCCCCUUGAGGCUGAUCUCAUCAUGAUGGCUGAGAUGGUGGCGGAGGAUGCAGAGAGGGACAAGCACACCACACCUAGUGACCAGGCUGGUACCUUAGUGGACGAUUUUGAUUUUGAAGCUUUAUCCAGCAAUCUUAGUUGGGAAGAGGAUUCUGUCUCUUCUGCCCAGACAUGGGAUCAACCCCCAGAGGUCGAGAAAACUCAGUCAGUUAACCCUGUUACACUGACUCUCAUCCCCACCCCAACAGAAGAGCCACAGAAGGACCUGGAGGCUGAUUACCCAGUUGAGAACAUUGAACUUUUGAGAGGGAAAACACAACAGGAGCCGGAAGUGUCAAGUGGUGUCAAACGGAGACCUCGCAGAAAGGCCCGUGAUGGAUUCCCUCAAAAGAAACGGGCCCGUAAGUCUGUGGCAUCGGUAGCGGCCACAUCAGCUCCAGACACCCUGACUAACCUCUCCAAACUGCAACACGAGUAUGGCGUCAGUGCCUGGAAGGACUGGGUACACUGGAGAAACAGCCAGCCUAACAUGCAGACUCCUAAAUUUGGCUCACGAAGCAUGACGCUAAAAGAGGACUUGUUAAAGUGUAGCACUGCCGAGUUGAGCUACGGCCUUUGCAAGUUCAUAGCUGAGGUCCGUCGACCCAAUGGAGAGAAAUACAGCCCUGAUAGCAUCUUUUAUCUCUGCUUGGGCAUCCAACAGCAUCUGUUUGAAAAUGAACGGAUGGAGAACAUUUUUGCAGACGUUUGCUACACCAGAUUCUGCCAGGAUGUGACUUGUUUGCUUAAGGAGUGGAAACCAACUAUUUUACCCAGCGGUUACGUUCAUUCUCGGAUAGAGGAGGAGUACCUGUGGGACUGUAAACAGUUGGGGGCUUUCUCACCUGGCGUGCUGCUAAACACGCUGCUUUAUUUCUUCACCAAGUACUUCAACUACAAAACGGUAGAGCAACACCGUCGCCUUUCCUUCGGCCACGUCAUACGCUGCUCUCGGAAUAAAGGUAGUGGCAAAGAGGGCUGUUUGCGUUUCUACCCACCCAAAGAGGAGGUAAACGAGGAUGGUGUCCCGGCAAAGAAGAGGAAAGAGGAUGAAGAUGACAGGGAAUCUGUGCUAGAGAUUAAAGAGAAUACUAAGAAUCCCCUUCGCUGUCCAGUCAGGCUUUACGAGUUUUAUCUCUCAAAGUGUUCUCCCAGCGUGAGACAGAGCAUCUCCCAUUUUUACUUGAACCCUGAACGCUCCUGCGUGCCAUGCAGUCCAAUGUGGUUCUCCACAUCCUCACUGAGCGAUGAGGCUCUAGAGGGCAUGCUCACACGCAUCCUCACGGUCAGAGACCUGCACCUGCAAGAAGACCAGCCGCCCCCCGAAUCAGAAUCUGACAGCGACUCGGACUGAGAAACAAGCGCACAUAUAAAGACUGUAAAGCAGUGGAGGUGUGUCAGCGGAAGAUUUCUCCAUGUUUGAUUCCUUGGUAGUUACAAGGCUGUACAUAUAUUAUUUCUUUCAGUGGUCAAAGCAUGAUUUCAAACUAUAUUUGAGAAAUGCUUGUGUGACAAUGUCAGUAAAAACUGAUGUUGUAUGGGCCAUAGCUACUAAACUUUGUGCAGUGUUAUAUUACACGGCUUUCUCUGUAACUUUUUUAUUAUUCUGAAACACUAAGUCUAUGGAAGCAUCAUUCUGAAACUGAUGUUUGCUGGAGGAUUUGCUCACUUUUCAUUAAGGAGUAAAUGAAGUAUUGAGGGAUUUAUUGUCGUUUGACAGCCAUUCAACUCCAGGGUUUCUUCUGUGUCAUCUACUAUGGAUAACUCUGGAUUAGUUUAUGGAUUAAUAAAGACCACACAAAUGUAAA